UAUUGGUGAUGUAGCGGCAGUGUGUAUCGGUUGAACUGCUGCUGUAGAUCAUCUGAUUGGAUGGUUUGAAUAUCAGAACUGUCUGUCUGUGUAGUUCCAGAGAAAGUUCCUUGUGGAAGUUAUACUGUUCGGAGUUGGAUCAGCAGAUAGUCAGUAGGGUGCACGUUAGGUGCACGUUAGGUGCACGUUGUGUGGACGUUGCAUGGAUGUGGCACGUGGGAUGAUUACCCUCAACAGGAAUUGUUCUAGUUCGGUUGUAGGGAUCGGAACAUUACGUUGUUGGAACGUUGCGAGUAGUAUAUUGUUCCGAUAGUGUUUGUGUUGGCGUGUUGAUCGUUGGCUGGGGUGCUGGGAGCACACGAGCUAGCCCCCACACGCUGUCACUCCACUUUGCCUACCUGUCUCAGAGGGCAGUUUCUCAAUAAUACAACAUCUUUCUCCAAGAGCCAAGGGUUUACCAACACGCUAUAGCGUAGGUGUCUACUGCUCCGUCGUCCCCUAGGACUGCACUAGACUGCUGUACGAGAAAGGCCUGAUCAACCUGUCUCAUCAUGGCUGAACCGGGGACACCUGCGGGUGGCCAAAGUCAGGGUAAUCCGCAGGAUGUUGGCAGUGUCCGUGAUGGAGGAUGAGGAGGCAGGAGAUGUGCCGUUCCGAGAGGUGGUGGGGUGCCUGAUGUGGGUCGCCAACGGGACAAGGCCCGACAUCUCGAAUGCCGUGCGGGCGGUGGCGAGGCACUCUCAUGAGCCAAAGAAGAGAGACUGGAAGGCAGCUCAGAAGAUUCUGAAUUAUCUUCUGGCAACGGCACAUCUAACUCUGAAGUACAAGAGAGACAGUACGGUUGAUGACGUAGGCACGUUGGUGUAUGUAGAUGCAGACUUUGCCAGCAAGGCCACUGACCGUAGAUCAGUUUCGGGAGCACUAGUCAUCGUAGCUGCUUGUCUUGUAGCUUGGCUUUCUUGGACGCAGAAAUGUGUUUCACAGUCGACUUCUGAGGCAGAGUAUCUUGCGAUGGGCGAUGGUGUGAAGGAGUCUCUGUUUGUGAACGGAAUGCUUCAGUUCUUGAGGCCUAGUGUAGAGCCUCGUAAGAUUGACGUCCUUGAGGACAACGAGGGAGCGAUUGCGCUCGCAGAGAAUCCGCUUAGCUCGUGCAGGAGUAAGCACAUCGAUGUGAGGCACCACUUUCUUAGGAAUUUAACCGAGGAGGGUGUGAUCGAGAUCACCCAUGUUCCCAGCGAAAAACAACAUGCGGACAUCCUCACGAAGGCUCUGCCGAGGAGUAUUUUUGAAGUUCACCGUGACUUUGCGUUGGGCUCUAGGAAGUAG